GCUACCGGAACCGGUCAAGCAGGCGUAUCACUGCCAUGCUGUUUCCCAGGUGACAGAAAUUAAGAAAAGAGAAAGGUGUGGCGACGCCCACCUGGGUGAGGCGCGGAGGUUAGGUACAGACUGGGCGAAUGAACGAUGGCCAUACAGUUGUCGCGAAGAAGCGUCAGUGUGCUGUGAUUUUUCCCCUGGGGACCGAAGUGCGAUCAAACCUACCUCCCACUCGCCAGCACACCUUCUCCCCAGUCCCGAUGGCACAACAUGACAAGAGUGACCUCCCUCCUCCAUACUCUGAGGCUGUGCAGAUCCAGCCCCCCUCUUAUGGAGGGCUAGUUUAUGGAAUGGAGGGGCCAUAUCGCCUCAGCCAACCCCACUACAUCCCUCAGCCUGGCCCGCCCAUCCGACCCUACCCAACCCACCACAUACAGCCUCCUCCCCGCAAGCAGAAGAGGCUGUGCUGUGGCUCGACCCGCUGCUACGGCGGCUCCGGGGUCACCGCCGCCCUGCUGGUGCUGCUCGGCGUCGCCAUCUGGCUGGGAGUGCACUACAGCUCCCGCAUCCUGCUGGGCUACGGCAGCGGCGGUCUCGUCGACUUCGACGGGGGCGCUGCGGAUGAAGACGGAGACGGGAACGGCGGCGGGGGGAACCGGCCCGGCCCGGCCAUGCAGGACUCCUGCCCCAACGACACGGUCCUGUGCGACAUGACCCGGGACUGCGAGAUGGGCAGCGACGAGACCGUCUGUGUGCGGUUCGGACGGGAGGCAGGUCUGAUGGUGAAGACGGCCCAGGACGGCCGUUUCCUGCCGGUGUGCUCGGAGGGCUGGAGCCAGGAGUACGCAGACAACACCUGCGCCCAGAUGGGCUUCCGAAAGAGCUAUAAGACUGGAAGUAUAGACAGCCAGCCCCUCACUGCGCUCACAGUGACUGCAAGAGGGUCUCGCCCCAUCCACGGACUGGUCAACGUCAGUUCUUCCUGUCCUGGAGAAAAGACCGUCUCCCUGGCGUGUGUUGACUGUGGCAAUCAGCAGUCCACUGCCCGGAUCAUCGGGGGCACGGCGGCCCAGGGCGGGGACUGGCCUUGGCAGGCCUCGCUGCACUAUCUGGGGGCCCAUGUCUGCGGAGGAUCCCUGGUGGCUCCAGACUUUGUUGUGACGGCGGCUCACUGCUUCCCGAGGUCCAGCCCCUCUGGAUCAGACGCCUCCAUUUGGAAGGUGUACCUGGGGAACUUCACCCAGGACAAUCUGCCCACCCCGUACUAUGUGGAGAGCAUCAUCCUGAAUGAGAACUACGACAGCAAGACAAAUGACCAGGACAUCGCCCUGCUGAAGCUCACUGAGCCCGUAGCUUUUUCAUCCACCAUCCAGCCAGUCUGUCUGCCUGCCUUCAACCAGAGAUUCAGCAUCAGGGAUAAGUGCUGGACCACGGGCUACGGGAGGACCGAGGAAAGAGUCGAAGAAGGCUCCCGGACUCUGAUGGAGGUGAAGGUAGACCUCAUUGACACCGGUGUCUGUAACAGCAGCAGGGUCUACGACGGAAACUUGUCCAAAAACAUGCUGUGUGCCGGCAACCUGGAGGAGGGGGGCAGAGACUCCUGUCAGGGGGACAGUGGAGGGCCCCUGGUGUGUGAGGCUGAAGACAGGCGCUGGUACCUUGUGGGUGUGACCAGCUGGGGGUCAGGCUGUGGGCAGAGCAUGAGGCCGGGGGUGUACAGCAAUGUGCGCAGCCUGCUGCCCUGGGUCUACAGCAGGAUGCAGCAAAACAGACCAUAACCAUGACAUCGCUACGUUUUGCACACCACCAACGAACAAACCGUACAUUCCCAAAGACGCCCCCCCCUCCAUCAAGCCCCAAGCUCCCCCCAUCUGAUUACAGUCCAAGAGGUCAAAUCUUCUCCAUCAGGACAAACGGUCAGACAGAGGGACAUCCGCUGGCAAGAGGAGAGGCUAGGGCAUCUUGGCCGGGUACCGUGGCAACAGCCAACCUGCCCAUUCCCCAUGACCCCACCCUCCCAGAGCCAGCAGGUUGUCACAUGCUUUUACACCGUUUACACCAUUCAGUGACCAGCUUGACCUCCAAAAAGAUGGACACUCUGCACAAAGCUUCCUGUCAAAAAAAUGCAAUAAGAAUGAGUGUUCUGUGCCUUCCCACUCUACUGUAGCUGUGUGUAAGCAGUCCGUUAUAUCCUUUAUACUUCCCACACCUUCCCAUCGCUUCACAACCAGUGGAACACAUACAAUCAAAUAGGAUAUGAUCAGUUAAUUCAUGCUUUUGCAGAUGUCAUCCUGAGUGUCUCUGCACUGACGUACUGCUCGUAUAUGUGUGUAAAGAUGUGUUUAGCGAUCUGUGAAUGUCUCUUGUAUAUUUUGUAUUUAUGACAGUCUGGGUAGUGGGAGUUGGAUGUGCUUUUUAUCAGGGAGAAGUUAUCCGCCACUUUCCACAUCCAUGCCCAAAACCUUUUAACCCUCUGAGUUUGCCUGCCACCCAAGUUUAAGGGGAAUUUGUGCAAUUAUCUCUCUCUCUCUCUCUCUCUCUCUCUCUCGCUCUCUCUCUCUCUCUCUCUCUCUCUCUCUCUCUCUGCGCACAAUGACACAUCCAUCCUCUCACCAUAUGCAUUACAGUCUUAAAGCAUUGAGUCACCCAGUUUUUAAUGGAUGGCCUCUCUCACUGUACCCAUACCCUAGACUACCAUCUGUCUUCCUUACAAUGCAACAGUCUCAACAUGCUUGUAAUGUGGUGACAAGAUAUCGGUCUAUCGGUUUAAAUGAGUAGACAGUUGUGCUACUGGCCAAGGCACUUUCUCUGUGGAUACUGUGAAAUAUUCUUUGUUAUGUACCUUUGUUUUAUAAUCCCAAAUGUUACAAAUGAAGAAAUUAUAAAUAAAAUAAAUCUAUCUUUGAAUUCAAAAA